GGCCGCCGCGCCGCGCCGCCGGCCUCCCCGCGAGCGCUCGCCAUGGACAGCCCGGUUUUCACCUCGUAAAGAUGGCGGUGCGGGGUCGCUGCUACCUUUAGACUAAUGACUGUCCGAAACAUCGCCUCCAUCUGUAAUAUGGGCACCAAUGCCUCUGCUCUGGAAAAAGACAUUGGUCCAGAGCAGUUUCCGAUCAAUGAGCACUACUUUGGAUUGGUCAACUUUGGAAACACAUGCUACUGUAACUCCGUGCUCCAGGCACUGUACUUCUGCCGGCCGUUCCGGGAGAAUGUGUUGGCAUACAAGGCCCAGCAAAAAAAGAAGGAAAACCUGCUGACGUGCCUGGCAGACCUCUUCCACAGCAUCGCCACGCAGAAGAAGAAGGUUGGCGUCAUCCCACCAAAGAAGUUCAUUUCAAGGCUGAGAAAAGAGAACGAUCUCUUUGAUAACUACAUGCAGCAGGAUGCUCAUGAAUUUUUAAAUUAUUUGCUAAACACUAUUGCGGACAUCCUGCAGGAAGAGAAGAAACAGGAAAAGCAAAAUGGAAAAUUAAAAAAUGGCAACAUGAACGAACCUGCGGAGAAUAAUAAACCGGAACUCACCUGGGUUCAUGAGAUUUUUCAGGGAACGCUCACCAAUGAAACUCGAUGCUUGAACUGUGAAACUGUUAGUAGCAAAGAUGAAGAUUUUCUUGACCUUUCUGUUGAUGUGGAACAGAAUACAUCCAUUACCCAUUGUCUAAGAGACUUCAGCAACACAGAAACACUGUGUAGCGAACAAAAAUAUUAUUGUGAAACAUGCUGCAGCAAACAGGAGGCCCAAAAACGGAUGAGAGUGAAAAAGCUGCCCAUGAUUUUGGCCCUGCACCUAAAGCGGUUCAAGUACAUGGAGCAGCUCCACAGGUACACCAAGCUGUCUUACCGGGUGGUCUUCCCGCUGGAACUGCGGCUCUUCAACACCUCCAGCGACGCCGUGAACCUGGACCGCAUGUACGACCUCGUCGCGGUGGUCGUUCACUGCGGCAGUGGUCCUAAUCGCGGGCACUAUAUCACCAUUGUGAAAAGUCACGGCUUCUGGCUUCUGUUUGAUGAUGACAUCGUAGAGAAAAUAGAUGCUCAAGCUAUUGAAGAAUUCUAUGGUCUGACAUCAGAUAUAUCAAAAAAUUCAGAAUCUGGAUAUAUUUUAUUCUAUCAGUCAAGAGAAUAACUUAAAGAACCGCGGGACUAGUUCGAGCAGGGAAAAUGUUCAAAGCACCGUUACCCGGUUUCUCUGCAGACUUUCCUCUUCCCCAGCAGCCCACUGCUGGUAUCACUCCAAGUCCCAUGGUCUGGCUGUGUUAAACUCUCUCCCUUUGUUUUUUUUCACACGCAGCGCUACUCUUGGUUUUCUUUCCGUCUGAGGUCGAGUUAACUGCGGUCGGAUAGCAGGAAGAUGUAUAUGAACAACAGUUGCUGAUUUUAGGAUCAGCAACUUUUGGGCGAAGGCUGUGCCACUAGUUACGUCUGGUUGAAUUAGAGUGACAUUCGCUAUGAAUGUCUACAGGCUAUUAGGGGUGUUCGCUAAACUUCUAAAUGGCUUUCGGGGGUCUCCUUACAAUGCAUUCCUUUGACUCGUCCCUGGAAGCACUGCUGCCCAUUUCCAGCUUCUCUGCCUCUUUGCUGUCACGAGCACAGAGAACUGGGUGGCUGUUGACCUUUUAGGGCUGGGACUAUAGCUUUACGUUUGUGCAGGCAGAAAUGCGUAAAAGUGAGUAACCUCAAGACUAAAAGCAUUCUCCACGUGGAACAGGGUGAAGAGGCGCUGUUCGCGGUGGCUCUUGGUGGCUGGCGUCUGCACCGUGCUGGGUUAGUGCCAUGCUAACCCAGCCGGCGGAAUUCCAGCGGCGGAGAAGGUGUGGAGCUCAGGGCAGGCAAAGCCAAGAGGAGGAGGUUUUUGUGGACAGUGAAAAUUACUUUUCUUACCUUUCUACCAAAACCAAGUUUCAGGAAAAUAACUCUGUGCUGUUGAUUUUUAGUGACACUUUUCUCCUGUAAGGUCCUGUGAGUUGUAUUUACCCCGCGCGUGGCACUGCUGAGCUUCUCAAGGCGUCUUUCCAAUCCUGCCGACGCCGUGCAGUCGGUGGCUGCAGGGCUGGCAAGACUGCCCCUGGCCAGGCAGCGCGACGCGUCUCCAUCAGGAAUAACGAAGUCACUGCACCACGACGACUGUCAUCGUGCAACUUAAUUUUUAAGCAGACUCUGUCUGUUUGCCGAGGCACUGGCGAAGUCCUGGGGCAAAUCCAGACCCUCCGGAGGGGCGUGCUGGCGGCAGCUGGGUGUGGCAGUGGGCACAGGAAGUGGCGGUGGGCGGUGGAGGGGUGGACAAGAUGGCGGCAGUUUCUUUGGCUCAGACUCCUAGAAUGCUUGACGAGACAGUGUUUUGGAAGAACCUCAUCUCACUAUAGUUACUUUUACUUCUUUUCACUUGUGUUAUAUAUGUAUUUAUUAGAGCAUUUGAGUGUUGGUACCUUUUAUUAAAAGGGUCGAUUUCCUGUUUUGCCCUUGGGCUGGUUUUUGGUUUCCUACAAAUACUACAAGUCAUAGAUCUUGGCUUCCUUUGGGAAAUCUCUUGACUUCCAUACACUAUGUUAUACUGUGAACACGAUAUUUUGUUACCUAAAGCAUCUGCUAAUGAACAUGCAAACUUUUGGCAUAAUGUGAACUGAAAUUGAAAAUGUUAAGUGGCCAUUUUGCAACAAUGAAGAGGAUAGCACUUUACCUAGAUGAAAACUGGAUUUCAUGUCUUGAAAUAUCGUCAACCGUUUAUUGCUCAGAAUUUAAAUAAGCAUGCCAACAUUUCAUUUGUUCAUGCUUGAAGUGAAACGUUUUACUUUUCACUGGAGAAGACGAAACAGGGUGAUCUUCAUGUUGUUGUUUUAUACACGUGAUGAAAAUGUACCUUGCCUUGUUUAGAGGCAAACUCAUAUUUAUAAAUAUUUUGUCUUUUUUUCUUCCAUGAAACACAUGCAGUACCUGGAAGGUGAGUCUUUAUUUUUAAGGAGAGGCGCUUUCCAAUGGAAGGUAAUUGAUGUAGGGAAAUGUUUGUAUUAUAUAUAACCCAUAUAUUUGACUGCAGGUGACAAAGUUUAAGAAAAUGAUGGUUGAUCUCUAAUAUAUUUGGAACUGAUUCAUAAGAAAACUAUUAAAAUUACCUUUGAAACGACUGUUGAAACUAAUUUAUUUUUAAAAAGUUUCAAUUGGAAGCCUGUCGAAGUAAUAUCGAAAUGCUGAGUCGUAAGUUUAGCACAUUUCUCUUUCGUUCGGGUGUGUAAAGUUUUUCCCAGUGACUUAAGUAAUUCCUUUUCAUAGUUAGCUAAAAUUCAGUCUUCAUGGGUAGAUUUUUGGAAUAAAAAAAGAUAAGUGUGGAAAAUAUUGCAAAGACAUUAAAACGAUUGUGUGAUACAGGAAAAGAAGAUUGGAGAAAGACUAAAACACAUUUCUCCAGGAACACUCCAUCAGUUUUUGUCAAAUUUAGAGCUAUCUGGUAAUUUUUUUCCCUCUUCUUCAACACAUGAAACAAACACUAGGCAGCUACAUCCCCCCCACAAUCAUUUCUCUUUAUGUAAGACAGUAGCACGCAAAGGCUUCUUUAUUUUGCAUCGGUCAUUUACGGUGGAAAGCAGGGAAUAGUGUGGGAGACCUGAGACCACUCUGAGGUCAGCAGUAGCACAAAAUCUCCGCAGUAUUCCCUCCAGCAGCCAGGGGUUUAGUGUGUCAUUUUCCGGCAGGAGUAAGUAGACCUGCUGUAUUGCUUUUAACUGCUGGGUGUUUUAAAACAAGUUACAGCAUUUUACAUGUUAAAAAAAAAAAAAAAAAAAGGAAAUAUCUGCUUUAUUGGUUACUUACUAGUUUAGCAUCUAGAUGAUGGUACAGUAUGCUGAAAAGUCAUUUGUAUCAGAGCAAAUGUUGGUAAAAUGCUGACAUCCAGUCCUGUUAUAUUGAUGCAUUUUCCAUUCUAAGGCAAUAGGAAGUGGGCUGGUUUGAAGAGAGCAGGGAACAAACACAAGCAGGGCAUUGGCCUGAAUAGGAAGCCAAUGAGAUUUGAUUUUAUGGCCUGGUCUAUUUUGCAUUUAAGAUGAAAUGGAGAAAAAAAUGACAGAAGUGGGCCCUAUGCAUUUAUUUUCAUGGAAACCCUUAAUUUCGUGGGCAUGCCUGAGAAUGAACUAUGUUCUAACUGGAGCUUAGGGCUUAUUUUAGAUAUUGGAGUGUAGCUUUAUUACAGAUGGAUUUUAUCUUUAAACAUUGCAUUUUGAUCAACUUUGUAUAUUCAUGUGUAUAAAAUACCGUGCACUAAAUGUUUUGCCCUCGUUUGCUAUUACAUGGUCAAGGCAUUUAUCAGCACUGUUGUGAUUAGCUCAUGUAAAUGGCAUGGGUCAGGGAAAAUCAUUUCCUACUUUUCUGCCUAAUUAAAUUUCUGUUUUCCAGUAUUACAUUAAUUUAUUUUGGGCUUCCAUUUCUGUGUAACCAAAACAGUUACUGUAUUUGUGUGGCAUUCUUCUUAUUUUCUUGCUUAAAAAACAUUGUAGUUUUUAUUUAAAAUAAUCUGUACCUUAAUUUUUUUUUUAAUGUAACCAAUUCAAGCACUUUAAGCAAUAAUGUCAAUCUUGUGAAAUUUCAAUCAGUUUAACACCCUGCCUCUAAAAUUGUUUGCAAAAAAUAAAUAAAUUUAAAAAAAAAUAGGAA